AAAAAAAAACGUGUCCUUGGAGAGCCAUCUUCUUCUAACCUCUUUCAGUUCCUCUCUAAUCCUCCCGCCAUUAGUUUAAUCUUCGGAUCUUGAACUCUAAACCCUAAUCCUAAUAUACAUUUGUUCUUACUUCGAGAUUGUUACCAUCUUCAUUGUUCAAUUACGGAUUCUCUUGAUGAUCCACGAUCGUCUUCUUCAUGUAACUCCGCAGUAGAGGACGGGGCAGUUUGAUCAGGAGCAUUUCUAGCCGUUCAGUCACAAUGUCUUGGGGAUUGGGCUGGAAGCGCUCCUCGGAUAUCUUCCGCCUUAGUCUCAACUACGGGACUGAGGAGUUCGCUGACGAUCUCAACCGUUCAUCGUCAUCGUCCUCGCUGGGCUCCUCCUCCUCCUCCUCCUCGUCUUUGUAUCAGACGCAAGAUCCGGAGCUAGGUUUCCGGAUUGAUCUGGAUUGGACGACCGGUGAUGACGAGGACCAGGUGGCUCUGAAACUGCAGUCGCACCUGAUGGUUGCGCUCCCUGUGCCGCAAGAUGCCGUGGUGGUUGAACUCAGAGAACGUAAAGAAGGUGAAGGGAAUGUGGGGGUGGAGAUGAAGGUGGAGAAGAGGAGGGAUCCUCUGAGGGCGGUGAUGAUGGCGAAGAUGGCCGGUUCGGGGCAGCAGAACGACGGGGUCGGGGUCUUGACGAGGUUGUUGAGGUCCAAUCUGACGCCAGUGGCGGGCCCUUCUCCUGUUGUGGAUGGUGGGGCCUGGGUUUGCGGGGAGCAUUGGAGGACUGUGACCUUACUUAGCCUUUGUGGUUGCGGUUUGCUGGUCUUUCCAGUUGAGCUAACUCGAUUGCCACUUCUUGAGAAGCUAUACCUAGACAACAAUAAGCUCUCAGUUUUGCCACCUGAACUUGGAGAGAUGAAAAACUUAAAAGUUCUCACUGUUGAUAACAACAUGCUGGUUUCUGUUCCGGUGGAACUGAGACAGUGUGUCGGACUUGUGGAGUUGUCACUGGAGCACAACAAGCUCGUGCGGCCUCUUCUUGAUUUCAGGGCUAUGGCUGAAUUACAAAUUCUCAGGCUCUUUGGUAAUCCCCUUGAAUUCCUUCCAGAAAUUUUACCACUACACCAGCUUCGCCACUUGUCGUUAGCAAACAUCAGGAUCGUGGCAGACGAAAACCUGAGAUCUGUAAAUGUACAAAUUGAGAUGGAGAAUAGUUCUUAUUUUGGUGCAUCGCGACACAAGCUGAGUGCCUUCUUUUCUCUUAUAUUCCGUUUUUCUUCUUGUCACCAUCCUUUGCUGGCAUCUGCUUUGGCAAAGAUAAUGCAAGAUCAAGGGAAUCGUGUUGUUGUUGGUAAAGAUGAGAAUGCGAUACGGCAGCUUAUAAGUAUGAUAAGUAGUGACAAUCGUCAUGUGGUAGAACAAGCAAGUUCCGCUUUAUCAUCUCUUGCUGGAGAUAUUUCUGUUGCAAUGCAGUUAAUGAAAUGUGAUAUAAUGAAACCCAUUGAAACUGUGUUAAAGUCUUUUGCCCCAGAAGAGCUGAUUUCUGUGUUGCAAGUCGUGGUGACCUUGGCUUUUGCAUCUGAUAAUGUUGCGCAGAAGAUGUUGACUAGAGAUGUAUUGAAAUCCUUGAAAUUGUUGUGUGCCCAUAAAAGCCCGGAGGUACAAAGGCUAGCUUUAUUAGCAGUUGGAAAUCUGGCUUUCUGUCUAGAAAAUCGUCGCAUUUUGGUAACUUCAGAAAGUUUGCGGGAACUUUUGUUGCGAUUGACUGUUACAACUGAAACACGUGUGAAUAAAGCUGCAGCUCGUGCUUUGGCGAUUCUUGGGGAAAAUGAAAAUCUGCGGCGUGCCAUAAAGGGAAGACAUGUUCCCAAACAAGGGUUGCGCAUACUCUCAAUGGAUGGAGGUGGCAUGAAAGGUCUAGCAACCGUUCAGAUGCUUAAAGAAAUUGAAAAGGGAACUGGAAAACGGAUCCAUGAGUUGUUUGACCUCAUUUGUGGCACGUCAACGGGUGGCAUGCUGGCUGUUGCCCUUGGUAUGAAGCUUAUGACUUUGGACCAAUGUGAAGAAAUAUACAAAAAUCUUGGGAAACUUGUUUUUGCUGAAUCUGUACCAAAGGACAACGAAGCUGCAACUUGGAGAGAAAAGUUAGAUCAACUUUAUAAGAGUUCGUCACAGAGUUUUAGAGUUGUUGUACAUGGAUCUAAGCACAGUGCAGAUGAAUUUGAGAGGUUGUUGAAGGAAAUGUGUGCUGAGGAAGACGGGGACCUGUUAAUUGAGUCUGCAGUGAAAAAUAUUCCUAAAGUUUUUGUUGUUUCUACUUUGGUGAGCGUAAUGCCUGCUCAGCCUUUCAUAUUCCGCAAUUAUCAGUACCCUGUUGGAACACCAGAAGUUCCUUUCACGAUUUCAGAAAAUUCAGGAAUUACUGCGCUGGGUUCACCUACAACUGGUGCCCAAGUUGGCUACAAACGUAGUGCUUUCAUUGGAAGCUGUAAGCAUCAUAUAUGGCAAGCAAUAAGGGCAUCAUCUGCUGCUCCUUAUUAUCUUGAUGACUUCUCAGUUGAUACAUACCGCUGGCAAGACGGUGCAAUAGUGGCAAAUAAUCCUACCAUAUUUGCCAUAAGAGAAGCACAGCUUUUGUGGCCUGACACAAGGAUUGACACUCUAGUUUCCAUCGGGUGUGGCUCUGUUCCCACUAAGAUUGCAGCCUGUAAAGACUGCUGUAUCCCGCCAAUGUCUCCUGUAAGACAUAGACAGCUUUCUUUGCCUGUGCGGCAAUUGCAUGAAAAGUUACAGAAUUUGCCACAGGUUGGAAUUAUACACUUGGCACUUCAAAAUGACUCAGUUGGCUCAAUACUGAGUUGGCAGAAUGAUGUUUUUGUGGUUGCUGAACCUGGAGAACUUGCAGAUAGAUUUCUUCAAAGUGUUAAAAUCAGCAUGUUAUCGUUGAUGCAAAGUCGGCGCAGGAAGAUUGCUUCACCUUUUUCUACUAUAUCAAAUAUUUCUGAUUUGGUGCGCGCUAGACCUUACUUCCAGGUUGGAAACAUUGUCCAUCGUUAUAUGGGUCGCCAAACCCAAGUUAUGGAAGAUGACCAAGAAAUUGGGGCCUAUAUGUUCCGUAGGACUGUUCCUUCCACACACAUGACGCCUGAAGAUGUUCGCUGGAUGGUUGGAGCUUGGAGGGACAGGAUAAUAAUCUGCACUGGCACAUUUGGGCCUACUGCAACUUUAAUCAAGGCACUUUUAGACAGUGGUGCCAAAGCUGUAAUAUGUCCUACAGCGGAGCCACAAGAAAUCCCUUUGACAACAUCCCUUGGACCACAUGAAUAUGAUAUGGAAAAUGGGAGGUUCGAGAUUGGAGAGGAAGAGGCAGAAGAGGAACUUACUGAACCGUGUAGUCCAGUUAGUGACUGGGAGGAUAGUGACCCAGAGAAGAAUGUGAACCAUUCAACUGGGUUUUGGGAUGAUGAUGAAGAAGAACUGUCACGGUUUGUCUGCCAGUUGUAUGAUUUAUUAUUCCAGCAAGGUGCAAGAAUAGAUAUUGCUCUGCAAAAUGUUCUUGCCUCUCAUAGGAAGCUUAGAUAUACAUGCCAUCUUCCCAGUAUAGCUUGUUGAUUAAUUAUUAUACAAAAUGAAACAUCAUUACCGAAAAAAAAGAAAAAAAAAAAAGAGAGAAGAAAAAACAAACAAAUAGAGAAACAGAGAAGAAAGAAAAACAACGAAUGACAUAGAUGUGGGUGGUAAUAAUUACAAACAUUAGAGGGAACAAUAACCAAUUUUGAGGCUUAUAGAAAAGAAGGAAAAUAUGUUAUCUGUAAUUAGUUGCAUGAAUAUCAGUGUAAUUGUUCUUUCUUUUGGGGAAAUAAAUUUGGACAUUUCUCGAA